UUCCCUCCUUCCGCGCCCUCCCCUUCCUUUCCCUUUCCCUUCCCUGGUGAGGGCGGUUCACUUGCCUCUACCCCGCCUUCCCUCGCCUCCUUGGCUCUUUCCCGCGUUGCCAUUUGCUCGCGAGCAGCUGAAUUUCUUCCGGCGGGCUUCGGCUGGGUUCGUGAGAUUUGACGGCGGGGCUCGGCUAGGAAUCGACGCUGUCUCCGCUCGGGAGUCACCGGCGGAGCGGGGUGCACCGGGGGCGCCUGUUCUUGAAAAAAUGUCGGGAGAUAUACCAUUAAACAUCAAUAUCAAAGAGCCUCGCUGGGAUCAAAGCACAUUCGUUGGACGCGCUAACCACUUCUUCACUGUAACCGAUCCUAGGAAUAUAUUGUUAUCCAAUGAACAAUUAGAAAAAGCAAAACAAAUUGUGCACAAUUACAGACAAGGCAUUGUGGCCCCUGGGUUAACAGAAGAUGAACUCUGGAGAGGAAAAUAUAUCUACGAUUCAGCCUUCCAUCCAGAUACUGGUGAAAAGAUGGUUUUGAUUGGCCGUAUGUCUGCUCAGGUGCCUAUGAACAUGACAAUUACUGGCUUCAUGAUGACAUUUUAUAGAACAACUCCAGCCGUGGUUUUCUGGCAAUGGAUUAAUCAAUCCUUCAAUGCUAUUGUAAAUUAUACCAACAGGAGUGGAGAUGCUCCAAUUAAUGUCAGCCAGCUGGGAACAGCCUAUGUUUCUGCUACCACAGGUGCUGUUGCAACUGCUCUAGGACUUAAUGCACUCACAAAGCAUGUUUCACCACUUAUAGGACGUUUUGUUCCUUUUGCUGCUGUAGCUGCUGCAAACUGUAUUAAUAUUCCAUUAAUGAGGCAAAGGGAACUAAAGUAUGGCAUUCCCAUUACAGACGAAAAUGGGAAUAGACUGGGUGAAUCAUCCAAAGCUGCUCAACAGGCAAUUGUGCAAGUUGUGGUUUCAAGGAUCCUUAUGGCUGCUCCAGGAAUGGCCAUUCCCCCAUUCAUAAUGAAUACUUUGGAAAAGAAGGCAUUUUUAAAGAGGUUCCCAUGGAUGAGUGCCCCCAUUCAAGUAGGACUAGUGGGUUUCUGUUUGGUGUUCGCAACCCCUCUGUGCUGUGCAUUAUUUCCACAGAAAAGUUCCAUGUCUGUAACGCGUCUGGAGCCAGAAUUGCAAGCUAAGAUCAAAGAAAUGAGUCCUGAAUUGGAUCGAGUAUAUUUUAACAAAGGAUUAUGAUUUAUAGAAGGGUGAUUUCUCCUUAAAUUAUAUUAGAUGAACUUAUUUUAAUUGAGUCUACUUAGUUGAAACAAUGCAGUCCUGAUGCAUUCUUUCAAUUUUUGUAUAAUUUUGAACACUUGAAAUUAUUUAAGUAUCAUAAGAAAAUAUUCAUAAUUAUGGUUGAAAAUUCUGACAAUCGUCCAGUUCAGCUACAAAUAUUCAAAAUGGUUUACAUUAAGAAUUAUGUAACAGUCAAAAUUUUAAUUCCUUUGGAAAGUGUAACAACUUCAAGGAAAUCAGGCAGUGUUAUCUUAAAGUUACAACCUAUCUUAUUUUUCUCCUACUAAAAGAAAGUACCGUAUUUUCUGGUGUAUAAGAUGACGAUGUAUAAGACGAGCCCCGACUUCGGAGAAGAUUUGCAUGGUUAGAAAAUCAUCUCAUACGCCAGAAAAUACAGUAAAUAACAAGUCCAUUUUUGCUAUUACAUUUGUAAAUACAAUUCCUAUGACAAAUAUCUAUCAGGUUACUUUCUCAGAGUCCCAAAGAGUUACUUUGUGGUAUCUCCUUAAUAUAUGGAUCUUAGAUUUUCUUUUUUCACUUAUCUAAUGUUUGAAUGGGGGAGUAAUUAUUAUAGGUGAGAGUGAGAGAAUUUCAGUGCUGCAGAAAUUUGAAGUCAUUGCUUAUUUAUCAUUUGACUGCUGCACUUCUAACAUAAAACCUCUAUGAAAUUGCAUAACUCUGCUUGGAUAAAAUUCUAUUUAGAAUAUCCUCGGUUUGCUAAAAUAAAAUAAGAUCACUAAGCCAGGGGUUCCCAAACUUUCUUGGUUCACAGCAUCUUUAGUGUCUAAGUAAUUUUUUUCACAGUGCUUCUGGUAGUUCCCCAAUCUUGUACAGGUAAUCCUCAACUGGCAACCAUUCAUUAGGGACUGCUCGAAGUUACAACCACACUGAAAAAAGUGACUUAUGACUGUUUUUCACAUUCCUGACGUGAUUUUGUCAUGUGAUCAAAAUUCAGACACUUCGCAAUGGGUUCAUAUUUAUGGCUGCAGUGUCCCAGGGCCA